UGUGUGCUCACCAGCGAUUUGAGAGUUUUUGCUGCCUUUGUUGUUCUGUGUACAGUAACUGUUCGAGAUAGUGCAGGAUGCUCCUGACUCACAGUGUGACGCCAUGGAUUGUGUUGACAGUCCUCAGCCUCUGCCCGCCUGUGUGGAGUGCUGUGAAGGUGAUCCAACCCUUCAAAGUGGUGAGCACCGAUGGUACGGCACAGGUCCAGUGCUUUGUCCAACCCCGACCCUCCUUCCACAAGAUCCAACCCUCUGACGAGCAAACCCUGCCGUACCCGUACCCUGACCCUGAGGAGCUCCGCGUGACUCUGCUGAAAGGCCUCCACGGCACCCAGGAACUCUGCUCGUCCAGUCUCAGCUUCACAGAGCAGACAGAGCCAGGAGUGGAGAAAGAGAAAACAGUGCAGUGCUCUGCUCGGCUGAGAGAGGGCUUUGUGGAGGUGACAGUGUCUGGACUGAAAGCCACAGACACAGAUAUGUAUCGUUGUGGGAUAGAGAUCUUCUACCCACCACCAUACCUGCGGCUCACUGGCAACGGCACGCUUAUUCAUGUCUUAGGCAGCUCCGACUGUCCCGUGCCGGAAGCUCACAGACAGGCUGCACAGCAGGGCGAUGAAGGAGAGGACGAUGAGGAGAGGAUAACAACAGAAACAUCUGUGUGUGUGGUUGUACUAGUGAUACUGGUCAUAUGUGUCCUCAUCAUCAUUAUCUACUUCCAGGCUAAACAGUGUGAGCGAGGGAGGAGGGAGAUCGGAGACCAACCAGUGCCUGAUGUGUUUCACAAGGUGGACGCUGCUGCAUUUUCAUGUUAAAACUGAAAAACACAGGGCGACCCCUAGCUCACCCAGUAAGAGCGUGCGCCCCAUG